AUGGAAAAGGAAGUCAACCAGACACUAGUUACUGAUUUUGUUAUGGUGGGUUUCACAACACAUCCAGUCCUGCGCCUGGUCUUCUUUGUGCUGUUCUUGGUCUCAUACACUCUCACGCUGACUGGGAACUUGGGUCUCAUGGUCCUGAUCUACCUUGAUUCCCACUUGCACACCCCCAUGUACUUCUUUGUGGGCAGCCUCUCCUUCCUGGAUAUCUGGUACUCCUCAGUGUACACUCCCCGGAUCCUGUCUGACUGUGUGUCCAAGAACAAGGUCAUGUCUGUUGCGGGUUGUGCAGCACAGUUCUUCUUCUCUGCCGGCUUGGCCUACAGCGAGUGCUUCCUAUUGGCUGCCAUGGCAUAUGACCGCUAUGUGGCCAUCUGCAACCCACUACGCUAUGCCAUUGCAAUGUCCAAGAAACUGUGCAUCCAGCUGGUCAUUGCUUCUUAUGUAGCUGGCUUUGUCGAUGCCAUUGUACACACAGCCAACACCUUCCGCCUACGCUUCUGUGGGGACAACACUAUCGACCAUUACUUUUGUGAUGUACCACCAUUAGUGAAGAUGGCCUGUGAUGAUACUCGCGUCUAUGAACUCAUCAUGACUUCUGUCAUGGGUUGCAAUGUAUUG